UUUCCAUACGUAAACAAAGGUGUACAGUCUUUUUGUUCAACUUUCUGUGUCGAAGGAUUACUCUCUGAAUAUUAUCUCUGACUUCCAUAAAUGUUCCCAAUACAGGUGUAACAUAUGCUAAUGUAAUUAAGGUGAAUAGUGAAUACAAACUACAAACAACAAGAAUUAGGUCAGUGUCCAGUGGAAUUUGUGAUAACCAAAGCGAUGACAAAAUUUGAACAGUGUUGAACAGUAGGACUUCCUGCUACGCUUGUUUUGCUUUUCGCAAAGCAGAGGAGGGGACAAUGGAUGACGAUUCUGUCAACAUUUUCGAUAAUAACAACACACAGUGCUCUGGCAUGGAUUCUGAGUCCGCCCAUCCCCUGAAGCGGCGGAGGAUAGAUGAUGGUUACACGGAGGCGCCCCCCGAGGCAGCCCCUCUGUACAACCACAACCUAUGUAUUACAGGGAGGCGGCUGAUUCCUAUCGGUCGGAACAGCGGUGUGUACUCUACAACGGACUGGAAAGACAGCGGAACAGCCAUUUUCUGUCCCGUCAUGCACGACUUGUUUCUGAACAUUCAUAGGUAUGAACAGGUCACUACCUCUCAAGGAGACUUUUUUAUUGGAGACCCCCAUGGAAACUAUGAUAAAACAGUUUCAGGUAAUGUUGUUCAUCUGUGGAAACAUGAUAAAGAACAUCGUCAGUAUUACAUUGCGCAAUCGUUGCUGUUCACUGUGCCACAGGAUUUCGCUAUGAUGCAGAAGAUUUUACAUUCCGUCUAACAAAGAUGACGUCAGUUCACCUGCCAUAAAUGUUACGUACAGUAUUCUUCCUUGCCAUUCCAAGUAAAAAAAAAAAAAAGAAAAGGAGAAGACCCACAUUAUAUCGAAGGCUCAAAAGUGCUUCUGUUGCGUUAUUGGGUCAUAACAGUCGAAUGUCUCGUACAUAAUCGGAUCACAUUGUUUACAUCCAUGACGAAAACCGCCGAAUAACAUAAAAUGUAUGUAAUCUGUAAAUAUUCCGGGAGAGGAUAUAAAUUGUAUAUAUUCAGAGCUUUAACCACGUAUAUUUACAUCUACCAAGUAUUAUUCCCUCUACUCCUUCUUUCGGAAACUUUUAAUUCAUAGCUCUAUAGAAACAGCCAGACUGAAAUCUACACGCCCUGUUUAUCGAUUUGUCCAAAUCUACAGCGGCUGAAACUGAUAAGAAAAUGACAGGACAGGUAUCGACACGCCCUGUUUAUCAAUUGGUCCACACCUACAGAGACCUAGGAAAAAUCACGGACUGCACGAAAUAAUCAUGACGAUGUCAGACUCAAAGUCUCACAGGAGACAAUUUGGCUGUUUCUUUUAGCUAACGUACUUAAGUACAUUAACAGUUAUUUAGUGAAUUUGACUUACUUUUCAUAAUCAAUUCAUCAAUUAGCUAAAAGAAAGCUGUUAAUAUAAACAAUAAAAUGCUUUCUUUGGUGAAUCAUUCGGGUUAUGAAGGUAGCGAUCAUUGAAAACCCCACUAACGCGGGUUAUGUAUUUUUUCCGCAAUGUCGCUACCUUCAUAUCCCGAAUGAAUCUCCAAAGAAAGCAUUUUAUUGUUAAAACAACUUGUCAAAUUUGUUCAUGCAUCACAUAUAUCUUUUACUCAUCUUUACGUCCCUUUGAGGGCGUAGGUAUAGAAUUCAUUAACACCACUUGGGCCGAAUGCAAGAUAGUGAUUUCUUGAGUAAUUUCUGCAUUAUUAUAAGACCCAGUUGGAAAAUACGAUGGAGAGCCAAAGUCUACUUUGGCGUAGUUUUUGCAUAUGCUAUACAAAUAUUUUGUCAUAUAAAAAAUGUUAUUUACUUAAAUACAUUCUACAUGUAUGUGAAAAAUUGAAUGACUAAACGAAAUAUGUAUAACUAAGCUUUAUAAAUAUGUACAUGUAAAUGUUUAUCUAAAAUAUAUGUAAAUAGCCAAGAUUCUUGUUUAUCAACGAAUAUUGUUUGUCUAAUUAUAUACCGGUAUGUUUCUUUUAAAAAACCAUAUCAUACAUACAUUGAAUCGUACAGCAUGUAUAGGUAAUACAUGUAGAGAGAGGGGGUGGUUGUUUGAUCUCGAU